AGUGGCAGUGGCAGUGGCAUGCGUGAGCGACGUCAGGCGGCUGGCGGCUUACAAAUUUUCGAGCGCCGCUGCAGCGGCAGUCACUUAGCCAUCAGCCGUCGAGCGGGAGACACGUGGAUCAGCAGCAGCAAGCGAUUGUGAUAGUUGGCCAGCAGCUAGCCAGCUAGUCAGCCCAGUCAGCCCAGUUAGCCCAGUUAGUGUAGUGCUAGUUAGUGAUAGGCGCAAUGCCAGCCUUUAGCUUAAACGGCAGCCCACAGAGCCAAAGCAGCGGGAGCAGCGCGAAAACACACAGCAGCUGGAGCAGCCGCAGCCGGCAAGCGCUGCUCGUGAUCAUGAUACUGGCCGCCGUGAUGCCACGCACCCAGGCGCGCCACUUGCGCGACCAGGUGGCGCUGGACUACGCCUACGACGAGUCCUCCUCCUCCUCCUCCUCCUCCUCAUCGUCAUCCGCGGGCGGCGACUUCCUGCCCGCCUUCGAUGUGAAUCCCUAUCGCGGCCUGGCCGAGAGCUUCGGCGAGGGCAGCUACGACAGUGAUACGAGUCUCAGCGAGAGCAGCUACGAGGAGAUCGCCCAGGCGGCCAUCCGGGCCGCCAGGCGGGAGAUGCGCCGCCAGAGGACGCGGCACGCCCGCAGCCACAACCUGCGCCUCUUCGCCAGCAAGUCAGACAUCCCGGAGUGGGAGAACCCGUGCGGAGGAACCUACACGGCGGACGAGAGCCUCAGCGACAGCAGCGCCAGCCAGGGACGGGUGAUCAAGCGCAAGCACCUCGAAAACUUGCGGAACAUCACGAUGAGCGAGUACCAAGACAUAACCCGCCGCGCCACCCUGGAGUACGGCAAUCUGCCCCACUGGCAGCGCGAGUACAAGUUCCUGCCGAACAUGACGAGGCCCACAAGUGCGGUGAAGCUGAAGACCUGGUACCGCCACAUGCAGACCUUCGUGGGCAGCUUCUCGUACCUGGGCCGGGCGCAGUACAAGUUCCGCAAGGAUCAGCAGAAGAGCCUCAACGAGGCGGUCACCAAGGAGCUGCACGACCUGCUGGUCAGCGCGCGCUACAUGCUCUGCGAGAUCGAGUCGACCAUCAACGCCUCCUACCCGAACAGCAAUGGGGCCAAGCUGAGCCGCGUCAGCCGGCAGGCGAUGGAGGAGCGGCUCAGCUUCCACACGCCCGCCAACGGAUCCACGGAGGCGGACCAGCGCGACCUGAAGGUCAGCAAGGAGCUGUACUUCCAGUACCUGGACAAUGUGUGGAAGACCCUGCACCGCGUCCUGCGGCGUCCGCGGCGCAACAGCGCCGAGCGGCGCCACCUGUCGGCGAGCCACGCAACUGGCGCGAGCGGCCUGCGGGCGGGCAGCUCGGAAAUGCUCGACGUGGGCUCCUCGAACGCAUCCGGCGGCAGCUUCAGCUCGGACGGCGGCUCCAGGGAGUCCUGAGCUGAGCCGGGCCCACAUCCUUUCCACGCCCUUCCAGUAUUACAGCGAGUACUUACAGCUGCCCAUUCCCAAGCUUAGCAGCCUUCCAGCUCUGCAGCUUCCAAGCCAAAUAGAGGACCACCCGACCAAUCGAGCGGGCGAGAACGAAGAAUUUUUGUCGAAUGCCAUUUAGACACGUACUUUAGUAUUUAUUUAUUUAUUGAAUAUUGAGUAUUGAGUAAUGAGUAAUGAGUAUUGAGUAUUAAGUAUUAGAGCGCCUUCCAUUCCAGUUGCCAAGCCAAACCAAUCUAAUCCACUCCAUUUAAGCCCAUUUUCCAUUCGGCCCAGUGCCAACUCGACUAUUUAUUUACCAUCUAGAAUAUGGACCUUUUUUUCUCUAUGUGUAGUAACUUAUUUAUUUAUUUAUGUAUAUCAAUAUCGUAUUUAUACGUAUUUAUUUGUGAAACGGCCAGAUAAACUCGCCAGCAAAAGCCCAACAAAAACCAGCCACAAACAAAAAAAUGCUUAAAUCUACUGUGAUUUAUUUUAAGUACUUUUUUUGAAUAGUUCUUAGUGAUUGUGAACGAACAUGAAACGAUUGUGAAUGAAAACGAAGCGAAGUAUCGUACAGACAUUCUUGUGCUUAGUUGUAAGUUUGUGCAAAAUAAACUUAGAAAAGAC